AUCACACCCUGUUGGACAAUGCCUACUGCUGUCCACGUCCAGCUCCCUGGUAUCUGACCGUCAGACCCUCAUGAUGGCGAGGAAAUCGGCUAACGGUGAUCUGAGCCGCUCUCCGUCUCAGGAGAAGAAAAAGCAGAAGGUGGGAUUUGUGGGAGUGGAGCCGGGAGGGAUGGAGACGAGCCGGGAUGGAGCGCUGCUCAUCGGGGCAGGGGAGAGCUCACACCGGGGCUCCGGCAGCACCGGCACCAGGAUGGGGCUUUACCGAGCGCGCGCGGGCCUGAGCGGGGCGCGCCGGACCCACCGACGCAGCGCGGGUUACCGGAGACUGCAGAACUUCCUCUAUAAUGUUCUGGAGAGACCUCGCGGAUGGGCUUUCGUCUACCACGCUUAUGUGUUUCUGCUGGUUUUCUCGUGCCUCGUCCUGUCUGUGUUUGCUACUAUAAAUGAAUACAAAAAAAGCUCUGAGAGUGCACUGUACAUUCUGGAAAUAGUGAUGAUUGUGGUGUUUGGUGUGGAGUAUAUUUUGCGACUCUGGUCUGCUGGUUGCUGCUGCCGCUACAGAGGAUGGAGAGGAAGGUUAAAAUAUGCCCGCAAGCCCUUCAGUGUUAUAGAUAUCAUGGUGCUGUUUGCCUCUGUGGUUGUGCUAGCUGCUGGCUCGCAGGGUGUGUUUGCCACCUCAGCCAUCAGGAGCCUCAGGUUUUUGCAGAUCCUCAGGAUGCUGCGCAUGGACCGACGGGCUGGAACAUGGAAACUAUUGGGUUCAGUGGUCUACGCACAUAGCAAGGAGUUGAUUACUGCAUGGUACAUCGGUUUCCUCUGUCUCAUCCUGGCCUCUUUUCUGGUGUACUUAGUAGAGAAGGAAGAUAAUGACAUGUUUGAGACCUACGCUGAUGCUCUCUGGUGGGGUCUAAUCACUUUAACGACUAUUGGUUAUGGGGACAAGUUUCCCAUAACGUGGAAUGGACGCCUGAUUGCUGCAACCUUUACUUUGAUUGGAGUGGCUUUUUUUGCUCUUCCAGCUGGUAUUCUGGGCUCAGGUUUUGCUCUAAAGGUUCAGGAGCAGCACAGGCAGAAGCACUUUGAAAAGCGCCGUAACCCCGCUGCAGGCCUUAUUCAGGCUGCCUGGAGAUUUUAUGCAACAAAUCUCAAUAGAACAGACCUAAUAUCAACCUGGGACUUUUAUGAGCAAACUGUGUCAGUCCCAAUGUACAGGCUGAUUCCUCCUCUUAAUCAGCUGGACCUGCUGCGCAGUCUGAAGAGCAAAUCUGGAUUCAGGAAGGACUCUCAGCCUGAAGCUUCUCCCAGUAGUGAGAUUUCACACAAAGACACCCUCUGUGGGUGUUGCCCAAGAAGCCAUAGCCGUAAACCAAGCCUAAAGGAUAAACCCAUCUCCAGUCCUUCAAAGACCACUGGGGGGAAGGACACCAAAUCACCUGGAGCAGAAGAAGGAGCAGCAGAUAGUCCAAGCAAAGUGCCAAAGAGCUGGAGCUUCACUGAGAGAAAAAGCUCCAAACACUCUCUAAAGAUCAAAGAUGGUCGUCCCACAGAAGUGCUGAUUGAGAUGCAGAAUGAAGACCUCGGAAUGAAGAGAUCUCCAGCAAUUGAAGGGUUGAUCAAAGCGAGUCUACCCGAAGACUUUGGAGAUGAAAAGACUUAUGAAUUCAUGCAAGACAUGUCUCCUGCGCUGAAGGUCACCAUAAGGUCAAUCUGUGUCAUGCGUUUCCUGGUGUCUAAGAGGAGGUUUAAAGAGAGUUUGAGGCCAUAUGAUGUGAUGGAUGUGAUUGAGCAGUAUUCAGCAGGUCAUCUGGAUAUGCUGUCUCGCAUCAAGAACCUGCAGUCCAGGAUAGAUUUGAUUGUGGGCCCCCCAGCCCCUUCGACCCCUCGCCAUAAGAAGUACGUAAUUAAAAGGCAGGUGGACCAGAUAGUCGGAAAGGAAGCACCAAUAGGAGAAAAGGACAAAGCCAAGAGCGAUACAGUGCAGGAAAAUGAUCCCAGUAUGAUGGGCCGAUUUCUUAGGAUGGAAAAACAGGUUGGUGCGAUGGACCGCAAGUUGGACUUCUUAGUGAAUGUCUACACCACCCGCAUGGGUAUUCCACGCUCUGAAACUGAGGCUUUGCUGGGCUUUAAGAUUCCUGAUCCGGCACCCCCCUACCAUAGUCCAGAUGACAAGAGUGAGAAGGAACAGGAAGAGAAAGAAGAGGAGAACUAUAAGAACACAUCAGAGCCCAGCCCAGCUGAAACACCAGCUUACAAUCAGUGCCGCCCUUCCACAUCCUGGCAGCAAAAUGAGGAGCCACUUGUCGUACCUCUGUGGCAUAACAGCAGAGGGGCAUCACCGGUGGGCACAGAUGACCCAUCGAUUUACCGCAUUCCUCCUCCGCCAAAUCAUGAAAGUGGCAAGAUUGGUCGCAAAAGGAGGCAUAGACGCUCACGGCCUCAAACCGGGGUCGACAGUGACACGUCCCUCUCCAUUCCAUCAGUGGACCACGAGGAGUUAGACUGCUCCUUUAGUGGCUUUAGCAUCUCUCAGGCCAAGGAGGAGGAUUACCUUCCUCCAGUAAAUCUUGGACUGUUCGGUGGUGGAAAAGGAGUGAUCUUCCGCACUCGUAUCAGACCUUACCUGGCUGAAGGAGAAUCGGACACGGACUCGGAUCUUUACACGCCUGGUGCUCCCUCUCCUCUGUCAUUUACCGGGGAAACUGCAUUUGGAGACAGGGGUUUAUCAGGCUUGAAGUAGAAGGCAGAAGGGGACUAAAGAGGUUUGUAUAACCUCUGGAGGGUUGAAG